AUGACUGUUAUCGCCGUCGCCGGGGGAUCGGGAGGGGUGGGCAAGACCCUUGUCGAGAGAUUGAUGCAAGAACCCAAGUUUAAAGUCAUCGUGCUCUCUCGUCAAUCGACGCAAGAAUCAGCUUUCCCUGAAAUCCCGAUUGUGCAGAUCAACUACGAUGAUGUUCAGUCGAUAGCGAAGACCCUUGAUAGUCACAAUGUUCACACUAUCAUAUCUGCUAUCGGCCUUAUCUCCGAUGAGACCAGUCAAUCUCAAUUAAACCUCAUUGAUGCGGCCGAGUUAUCUGCAACAAUCAAGCGAUUCAUUCCAAGUGAAUUCUCGUUUAUUCAAACAUCAGAUCUUCUCCCGAUAGAUCCAAGUAUUCAAUACUGGCUUGAUGCUGCCAAUCGUCUGAAAAACAGCUCGCUGAAGUACACUCGUGUCAUCCCGGGUUACUUCAUGGACUACUGGGGCAUGCCGCAUGUCCAAACCAAUCUGCAGCCCUACACUUUCGGAAUCAACAUCGCCAAGCGCGAAGCCGCAAUACCUGGUGAUGGUAAUGAUGUAAUCUGUAUGACCUACACGCACGAUAUGGCGAAAUACGUGAUCAAAGUCCUCGAUCUCGACGAAUGGCCUGAAUUUAGCAUAAUUGUGGGCGAUGAAGUCACCUAUAAUCAGAUCUUGAGCAUGGCGGAAGAAAUCACGGGUACAAAGUUCAAAGUGACAUACGAUAGCAUUGAACAAAUUAACACAGGGGAUGUCACUGUACCACCGAGUCUGGAUGAUACAGCAAAUGACUCAAUCGAUGAACUGAAAGAGGUCACAGCGCUGUGUAGCAGGCUCAUUGUGAAUGGUGUCUUCCAGUUUCCUAAGGAGAACCGGCUCAAUGCUCGAUUCCCGGAUGUGCGACCCAUCACGAUGAGAGAAUUACUGGAGAAAUGCUGGAAGGGC